AUGGAUCGUCCCGGUGGCUCCACACACUCAUCAAGACCUGGGGCAGCUUCUCCAGAAGUCGAGCAGCUGACGCAGGAGGAGAUCAACGAGCGACUGCGCUUGAAACGCAAGUCGCGCGGACAAAAGGCCUGUUAUCCGUGCCGCCAGCGCAAAGUCGGCUGCAACUACGCAAAGCCUUGCCAGAAAUGUGUCGAUCGUGAUCAUCCUGAGCUUUGUCUCUACGAGCCAGUCUCGAAGCGCCCUCAUCUGGGAACUCCCGAAAGACUCACUCACCGACCAGCAACGGCCGCCGAAGCCUCUACUGGUGACGAUGAUGCGCUUGGAGACCGACUGACCUCCAUCGAGCUUUCAAUCCAGACUCUGCGAGAUGAUGUCGCCAAGCUCACCAGUUCUCUCAUGGGAGUUAUCCCUCGGCCUCUGGACAGACGCGGGGGCGACGUUGACAGCGAGGAGCUGGAGGAAACUCAUGGCCUUCAGACCAGCAAUGCAAUGACUGGCGAGACGGUUCACCUUGGCGGCAACUCGGUUCCCGCCAUGGUCUUGGCUUUGGGAGGAAGCAAGAAGGAGGACGACGUCCAAGGACUUCUCGGCAAAAGCAUUCUGCCUAUCUUUGGCCUCGACAAUGAGAGUGCAACAUAUCCCUUUGUGGACCUGUGGGGCCUGCCGCAUGGCUCUUACGCCCGACUGGAAGGUCUCUGCAAGUUACUCCCCACCAACGCAGACUGUCUGCAAUAUUUCAAGCAGUAUCGCGAUACCGCCUAUAUCCUAUUCCCGGGCCUGGUCGACAUCAGCCAGUUCGAGAGCGAUUUGACGCACUUUCUGAUCAGGAGAGGUGACGCCAGCACCGGUUCUCGCCGCGAUACCCUCACUGUACAAGACAUAUACGGUAAGAGCCUGCACUGGGUGGGCCUCAUGUUUGCCACAUUGGCAUCGGGCUAUCAGUGCUCCUCAGUGCCUCGCAAGGAGCGUCAGCUCACUUGCCAGGUUUAUGCAGUUUGCUGCGCUUAUGAAUGUCUGCGCAUCGUCAAUUACAUGUCAAAUCCGACUUUAAUAGAUAUCCAGACCAUGCUGGUCCUGGGUAACGUCAUCUCCAAUAACAUGAAUGCUGGCGUUGCGUGGGCCUUUCUCGGGUUAACAAUUAGACUGGGCCAAAGUCUCGGACUUCACCAGCGUGCCGUACGACCCAAUUCCAAAGCUGAAGCCACUUUGCGCGAAGAGAUCUGGUGGCGCAUCGUUUGGCAAGACAGCCUCCUCUCCAUCACCUACGACCGUGCAUCCUCAACGCCCACCAUCUCACACCACAAAUCCGCAAAAGAGUGGGAAGCAACACGCCUGACAUACGCAGACUGCAUGAAGGUUCUCUGCUCCACGGGUCUUGAGAUUGUGCGCGAGCGCACCCAUCACUCUGACCUACGCGUUGAAAUGGCACGCAUCGCGAGUCAUCGCAAAGACAUCGAAAGGAUGAUGGAUCAUGGCGUGCGUCACCUGAUUGACCCCAGCGCCUGCAUGUCGAUCAAGGACCAGCUCGAGUACUGGAACCUGUACAUGCACCGCUCGUACAUUCUCGCCGAGCUGUAUCGGUCCGCACUCCGCCGCAAGGGGACACCGCCCGAGUUGAUCGAUCUUCGUGCCGCCUGCAUUGGCCAUCUGGCUGAUACGGUGGAGGCGUGGCUGGGCCUACAGAAUGUCACGCGUUUCGCAACUCAGUCGUGGGCGGCCAUUCACAGAUCGUUGAGCUCGGCAUUGCUUCUCGGCAUCCUGAAGGAGCCCCAAGAAAACCAACGGGUCCGAAGCCUCCUAGAGAAGCUGAUCAGUGUCAUCUCAAGCAUCAACUCGUCCUCGGAUCCAACCGAGGUUUCGGCACCGAUUGCCCGGUCUAUCGUGGCCCUAUCCCGGCUCAAUUUUGGCAGCGGCUCGGAGGGAUUGACGAUUCAUCAACCUCCGGGCGAUGCACCGGGGCCAAGCUGGGAGGCACCUGUGACAGCAGACAUGCUGCUAUACGGUCACGAAUCGCCAAAAGAGAAGAAGUCUUCCAGCGAAGGAUCGCCGUACGAGGUGAUGGAGAAGAUUUUGUGGAAUCCUGUGUGA